AACAACAAGAACCACAAAAUAAUCAGAAAGAAAAAUUAUCUAUCUUAUUCACAAUUUGUAAAAAACAAAACAAAACAACAACAACGACAGCAUAAAGAACCGGAGCUUUCUCGAAGGCGCUUGAAGCAAACACACAGAUGGGACAAUGCUGCCUUCAGCGUUAUCAAGUAGAGUAUAAGUCUUAUAUAAAGUCCCGUUAUGUCACUGUGGUUUUACAUAAUGAGCGGAAACAGAUUGAAAAGAUUGUGACAUUGUGAUUGAAGCGGCUCUUGACUAAAAUGUCGACUAUUAUAAUACAGUCACAGGCGACAGAACACAAUAAGGGGAAUACAAUGUGCUCCAGAUAGUCUUAAAGACUAAUCUGUGGAACGCCUAAUUAUAUAUUAUCUAUUUACCGAUGACACGAACGCUCACAUACAUCUUCGAGUUCUGCUAUAAAUGAAAACAAGUCAUAUUUUUGAGGUUACUUCUCCAUUGUCCGUAACCUACACGUAAACAUCACUAAAUUCCGGCAGCUUCAAACACAGCAUCACUUUCUCCCGUCCUUGACUGAGUAUCCCUCCGCCUCCUGUCUGACUGCUACCGGACUGCUUUCUGUGGGCAACACAGCGCAACUAGAAGUAAGUUGUGGUUGCUAUCCUGCAGGUGACUUGACCUCUGUCACUACAUGCAUGAGGAUAACACGACAAGUUCUGAAUUGGUCCAGGUUGGCAUGUCAUUCAACAAACAUAAGCUGCAGACAAAGGUUUUGUACUUCACAGCAUACAAUGGCUUCACGGCACACCCACUCAAAAAGAAUCGGGGGUCUCGACAAGAAUGUUUGGGUGGCGUUUACAUCGUUGGCGGCGGACCCAUCCGUUGUUAACCUGGGGCAAGGGUAUCCAGACAUUCCUCCACCUUCUUACGUGAAGGAGGCGUUAGCAGAGGCUGCUUCAGUAGACAGGAUGAACCAGUACACCAGAGGUUUUGGUCAUCCCUCCCUGGUGAAGGCUCUCUCUCAGGUUUAUGGGAAGGUCUGUGAGCGCCACAUCGACCCCCUUAAAGAAAUCCUGGUCACGGUUGGAGGUUACGGCUCUUUAUUCAGCACUAUGCAAGCACUGGUGGAAGAAGGAGAUGAGGUCAUCAUUAUAGAACCUUUCUUCGAUUGCUAUGUGCCUAUGGUACGAAUGGCAGGGGCCAAGCCUGUGUUGAUACCACUACGCCUUAAGUCUGGGAAGAAGAUGAUCACAAGUGCCGACUGGUAUCUUGACCCAGAUGAGCUUUCCAGUAAAUUUAACUCAAAGACCAAGGCCAUCAUCAUCAACACUCCCAACAAUCCUAUUGGGAAGGUUUUCACCAGAGACGAGCUGCAGAUGAUCGCAGACCUCUGCAUCAAACACGACACUCUGUGCUUCAGUGAUGAGGUCUACGAGUGGCUCAUCUACAGAGGACACCAACAUAUCAAAAUUGCCACUCUGCCUGGAAUGUGGGAUAGGACCAUCACUGUCAGCAGUGCAGGGAAAACAUUUAGUGUUACUGGAUGGAAGCUUGGUUGGUCUAUUGGACCAGAGCACUUGAUAAAGCAUCUUCAGACUGUCAUGCAGAAUACUCUGUACACCUGCCCGACACCUUUACAGGAGGCCGUAGCACAAGGUUUGCUCAAGAACUUUGAGCUGAUGGGUCAGCCGGAGUGCUACUUCUCCUCACUGGCGGAAGAACUUGAGUGCAAGAGGGACCGCAUGGCUGCCAUCGUGACAGAGGCUGGGAUGAUUCCUGUCAUACCAGAGGGAGGCUACUUCAUGCUCGUGGACAUCACAUCUCUCAAUCAGGACCUGUCACACAUGGUCGGCGAUGAUGAUGAAGCCUAUGACUACAAGUUUGUCAAGUGGAUGAUUAAAGAAAAGAAACUGGCAGCCAUUCCAGUCACAGCGUUUGUUGGAGAUGAGUCCAAGAAGCAGUUUGAGAAAUAUAUUCGCCUUUGCUUCAUAAAGCAAGAUAGUACUCUAGAGGCAGCAGGCGCCAUCUUGAAAACCUGGAGUAAGGUUUAAUGGGAGGCAGUGUCUCAGGACUUCAGAACUGUGCAGUCAAACAUUUGACUGCAACAUUCCGCACACAGACUGCUCACAGUAAACCUGUUCACAGUACAACUGCUCAUAGUUUGACCUGUAUCCUGUUUUAAGGGAGAAAGUCAAGUCAACAUGACUCAUGAAUUGUUCUGACACAGACUACCCUAAGGUGUGAAGUGAGGUUACUAACUUCUAAUAAGUGUGGCCACCACUGUAUGUUUGUACAAUACCAUAUAACAAUUUCUUUAGUUUCAAAUAAAUCUGAAAGUUGUUGUGAAA